GAUAUUUCAUGAAGGAAUCAUCAGGAACAAUCUUGUCAGUGCAGCAGGGUGUGUUUCGUACAAACUGCAUGGACUGCCUGGAUCGUACGAAUGUUGUGCAAAGUUUGCUUGCACACAGAGCUCUUCAAGAUCAAUUGCAGAAGAUGAAUCUGCUGGGUGAUAAUGAACACAUUGAAGAGUAUAAAGGAUUUGAAUACGUCUUUAAAAAUGUGUGGGCUGAUAAUGCUGAUGUUUGUGCAAACCAGUAUGCUGGGACUGGAGCUUUAAAAACAGAUUUUACCAGAACAGGAAAGAGAACAUUUCUGGGCCUGCUAAAGGAUGGUUAUAAUUCUGCAGUUCGAUAUUAUUACAACAACUUUAAUGAUGGGUAUAAACAAGAUGCUAUUGAUGUGUUCCUUGGAAAUUAUGUUGUUAACCGAAUGGAAACAAGCUCGAUGCCAGAUGUACAGAGGGCACAAAAGUAUUACUUGAUGCCAACAAUUAUUCUGGUGACUUUUUCUCUUUUCUUCUUGAGUUUGCUGAUUCCCAGCAGUUUGCUGUUUCAUGGGAACUGUACUCUGCGGGCACGUAUGGGAGAUAUACGGAGACACAUCCACCUAUGUAUCGCUUUUACAUUUGGUCUAGCUCACAUGCGAGUACACUACAGACUUCUUGCCUGACUUAUGCCUUGUGAUGCAUGCACACAACAGCCGUCUCCCUCCCACUGCAUUCCCCACUUGCAAUGCAAAAUAUUUCACUAGUGCAUAAAGUUACAGCUAUUCUGAAUUACAUUUGUUGCAGAAUACAUAGGCAUACAAAGGCGCCAAUAAUAUGGGCUGAUACCCGCAUGUUUGAACGCCUGGAAAAUUAUUGCAUGGUCGUGCUAGCUGUCCAUGGAGGUUACUCUACGAGUAACAGUUAUCAAUAGCAUUUGCUGGAAAUCUUGGCAUAGCUUGACCCUACCAAGGAAGUAUCAACUUGUCACUGCAAUGUUCGCAUUCUGCAUAUGCUACACAAUGACGUUAAGAGACUUUUUUCCGCUCAUUGUCAGUGAGCUCUAUCAUUCCACCAGGAUUACAUUGUUCUG